AUGAUUGGAACGACUCCAUAUGAAGUAUUAUAUGGUAAAAAAUGUAGAUCUCCAGUUUAUUGGGAUGAUGUUGGAGAAAGAAAAUUUCUAGGACCAGAGAUAGUUCGUGAAAUGGCUGAAGUUGUGAUACAAAUACGUCAGCGAAUGCAAACUGCUCAAGACCAACAGAAAAGCUAUGCAGAUCAAAGAAGAAGAAUACUAGAAUUCACAGUCGGAGAACAAGUAUUUUUGAAGGUAGCGCCGAUGAAAGAGGUUAUGCGAUUUGGAAAGAAAGGAAAAUUGAGCCCAAGAUACAUUGAGAUAAAACUAGAUUUGACUUAUGAAGAAAAAUCGAUCGAGAUCCUUCAACGAGAGAUAAAGCAACUAAGAAGCAAGAAAAUUCCAUUGGUUAAGAGUACCGAAGCAUGUGAGGUAUGCUUAUGUGAUAUAUUUGACAUCGCGGGUGAUACUUCCUGGGUUAUUGCAGAGGUAGACAGAGGAUGA